GGCACUGCCCGAACUGAUAGCGGUAUUCCCAGUAGCGUAUGCGGUGAUGCCGCUCCGGAUUAGUUGGAGCGGUCUGAUCUCGAGUUUGCCCGGUAACGUGUUCGUUGCUGCCGUUCGGGGUCAGUGGGAGUGGUUUCAUUUCUUUUUCGGUUCUGACUUUCGUCUGUACGCUGGAUCUGCUUUUACCCAUGUUCCAUAGGUGCGGCGGGAUUUGUGUGUUCCACCGAGUAGCCACCAAGAGCUGCGUGGUCGUCAGGGAGGGCGACACUGUGGGAGGAGAGAGCAGCAGUAGGCCGGACGUGGAUGGCGCCCUGGUGCGGGCUGUUGAGGUCCCUGCUGAAGGUGCGGGUCGUGGGAGCAGAGGAGAGUAUCCGCUACUCCCGAGCCGGUUGCUAUAUCGGUUUGUCCCCAUUAAAAGGGCGUGUAGGAGGGGGCACGCGGAGGCGGUGGAGUUCUGCCGCCUGCACCCCAACAGCAUGGAAGGAACACAAGACCGGGAGAUGGCCUGGAGGUAUACAACACCAAUGUCUGCUGGGGCGGGUCUGGAGACAAGGCCGGAGCGGGAAUGCCCGCGGGUUGUACCCGCAAGCACGGCAGUGGCCGUGGCUGCCUUCUACCAAGAGCGGGAAGGGGGCAGCGAACAUCAAGGCGCGUGGGGUACCGCGUGCACUCUACAUCAUCAGCUGGCGGGGCCCGGAAAUACGUAGCUGUGGGAUGGUGGAGUUCAAAGACACGAGAAAGCCGUCGUGUGCCUGUCUGCUACACCGCUACACCGAGGAACGUCGGGACGCCGAGGGACGUCGGGUGUGGGCGGGUGGGGAGGGAAGCAAAACGGACCAGCCGCGCGGUGGAUUUCCGCGGGCACUAUCUUCAUUUUGGUUGGUACCGGAAUGUGUUUUAUUUUGUAUUUUUUUCUGAUUCUUUUGUAUGUGGCGUUUAGCAGUAAAGGGCGAUAACUUGUAUUGCACGUGAAUAGUCGCAAGUGAGGCGCUGUUGCGGACUUGCAUAGAUCGCUGUUAAUUGCUUGUUGAAAUCCAUGGGUGUUUCCGCCGCCACAUGCUCGAGUUUCACGCGUCACCGCUUGUUUUGUGUUCCCUGUGUGGCCUGUGUGGUUGCAGAAUAAGGGAGGGUGGCGCCGUGCGUGUUUUUUUGUUUUGGAGAGUGUAAUGCUCGGAGAGUCUUGCGCCCGGCCUGUAGAUAUUCUGCAAUGUGACAGAGUUAUGGUCGUCCACUCAGGUCGUCCACUCAUUAUUGAGGUGGAACUAUUUCGGUCUUGCAGUUAUUGGAUGACGGAGGGCGUUGCCUCUUGGGUGUUGUUGGACUCUCUUUACGGGAGGAGUUUGGUCAUGUUUCCACGAUGUUGCAUGUACCAUGUGUCUGAUUUGU